AUGCGAUUAAUCAAUGCACACACUCUAGCAUUGGAGGAGUUCUUUGGCGCAAAUAUCCCAAAAUACGCCAUCCUAUCUCACACAUGGGGCUCUGAAGAGAUCCUCCUGACCGAGUGGACGGAAAUUGAAGCGGCUUCCAAAGAGCUGGGUGUUGAGCAUCCCCCAGCUAAGGCUGGAUAUGCAAAGAUCAAGAAUGCUCUAAAUCAGGCAAUACGCGAUGGUCUGGACUAUCUUUGGGUGGACACGAACUGUAUUGACAAGCCCAAUUGGAGCGAACUGGCCGAGGCUAUCAACUCCAUGUUCGCCUGGUAUCGAGAUGCGGUGGUCUGCUAUGCAUAUUUAGAAGAUGCCGAUGAGUUCCCAAUUCCGCCGACGAGGCAGGAGCUUCAAGACUGUCGUUGGUUCACCAGAGGUUGGACUCUGCAGGAACUAUUAGCUCCCGAUAAGGUCAACUUCUAUUCCAGGGACUGGACCUUUCUUGGGUCUAAAAAUGACCUGGCAGAUACGAUCAAAGACAUUACUGGAAUCCCAAAAUCCUUCAUCACCGGUCGUCACAGCAUAUAUAGAGCAAGUCUAGCUCAGAGGAUGUCUUGGGUAGCAAGACGCAUUACGACGAGGCCUGAGGAUAUCGCAUAUUGUAUGCUCGGGAUUCUCGACGUCAAUAUGCCCCUGAUUUACGGGGAGGGAUAUAAAGCUUUCAUCCGUCUCCAGGAGGAAAUUAUCAAAUCAUCUGCAGACGAGAGUCUAUUUUGCUGGACCUUUGACAACACCGUGCCCAUGGACUGGUAA